AUGGCACCAAAGGCAGAGAAGAAACCCGCAGAGAAGAAGCCAGCAACCGAAAAAUCUCCGGUCGCCGAGAAAUCAAAGGCCGGGAAGAAGCUACCCAAAGACGGCGGUUCCGCCGCCGCCGGUGACAAGAAGAAGAAGAGAUCUAAGAAGUCGGUCGAAACCUACAAGAUCUACAUCUUCAAGGUGCUGAAGCAAGUUCAUCCUGAUAUCGGGAUCUCGAGUAAAGCUAUGGGGAUCAUGAACAGCUUCAUCAAUGAUAUCUUCGAGAAGCUUGCUCAGGAAUCUUCGAAACUUGCUAGGUAUAACAAGAAGCCUACUAUCACUUCACGGGAAAUUCAAACUGCUGUUCGAUUGGUUCUUCCUGGUGAAUUGGCUAAGCAUGCUGUAUCUGAGGGUACUAAGGCUGUUACCAAAUUCACCAGAGAGAAAAAGCCCGCCGAGAAGAAGCCAGCUGAGAAAGCCCCCGUCGCCGAGAAAGCUCCGGCGGAGAAGAAGCCAAAGGCUGGGAAGAAGCUCCCAAAGGAUGCUGCCGCCGGUGACAAGAAGAAGAGGAGGGCGAAGAAGUCGGUCGAGACUUACAAGAUCUACAUCUUCAAAGUUCUGAAGCAGGUUCAUCCUGAUAUCGGUAUUUCAAGCAAAGCUAUGGGUAUAAUGAACAGUUUCAUCAAUGAUAUCUUUGAGAAGCUUGCUCAAGAAGCUUCCCGACUUGCCCGCUACAACAAGAAGCCUACUAUCACUUCUCGGGAAAUUCAGACUGCUGUCCGAUUGGUCCUUCCUGGUGAAUUGGCUAAGCAUGCCGUCUCUGAAGGCACAAAGGCUGUUACCAAAUUCACUAGCUCUUGA